AUGUGGGAGAAUUGUAGAUGGUCGUGUCGGAAAUGCGAUCUCCUGAGGCCAGGCGGUCGCCAAGCAGCUUGCCAGUCGUUACGACCACCCUCUUCGAAAAAAAUCGUGCAAAAACCGACUACUUCGCAAGAUGCAUAUGUCAUUCCGAAAGAGACAUUAACAUCAGCCAUUGCCACUUCUUCUUCAGGUUAA